AAAUACUAUGCUUUUAUUCGACGAAGGCUAGCUUUUAGUUUGAGAAUAAUCGAAUUGGGCACGCGUUAUUCGCUUCCUAGCGAGAGGUUUCUGUUUCUUUCUUGGCACCCAAUCCCUCAACCCGCUUCGCAGUGUCUCUAUCUGCAAGGCGCUCUCUGCAAGCGAAAAUUCGAUCUGAUUGAGGAUCUGGUCAAUUUCUGCUGGUAAAUGGAACUGAAUACCAUUAGAGAUGCAUUUGAUCGUGUUGUUAAGAAGCAGAAGUUGUCUAUUUCUAAAUUCCAUGAUGUAAUAGACCAAGUUGGCCGUGAAAUUGAUGAUUCAUUGUCAAAUAUUCAGUCCAUCAAUGACCCAGCAUCUCCUGAUCUGAAGUCCAUUCUUGCGGAUCUUAAAAAUAAGCUUAAAGUUAAAGCAAUUCACAAUCAGCUAGAGGGAUCACAGAAGGAGCUAAACACACACCUAAGCAAGUACCUGAAAUUCCUAGAGAAAAUUUUCAAUCCUGAGAUUUCCAAAGCAUGCAUAAAUGUGGACUUUGAUACACACAUAGUGAACCAUAUCAUUGCAAGUCAUUUUUACCAUGUAGGUUUGUUUGAUGUUGCGGACUGCUUAAUAAAUGAGGCUGGGGAACCAGAGGCCAUUUCCCUUAAGUCUCGGUUCUUAGAGUUGCAUCAGAUAUUGGAGGCUACAAGGAAUAGAAACCUUGAGCCUGCUCUGAACUGGGUCUCUACCCAACGUGAAAAACUCAAGCAAGUUGGUUCAGAUCUUGAGUUGAAACUUCACCGCUUACAGUUUGUGGAGAUUUUGCAGAGACAAAGCCAAGCAGAUGCUCUGAACUAUGCUCGGACUUGCCUUACUCCAUUUGCUUCCCUUCACAUGGAUGAAGUCCAGAAGCUCAUGGGUUGCCUCUUGUGGGCAGGAAAACUUGAGAGGUCCCCUUAUUCCAAGUUGUUGUCCCCAAGCCAUUGGGAAAGUUUUACCGAGGAGCUAACGUGGCAGUUCUGCAGUUUCUUGGGGCAGUCACAUAAGAGCCCAUUGAGUGUGGCUGUUGAUGCUGGAAUUGAAGGAUUGCCUACACUCUUAAAGCUGGUGAAUGUAAUGGCUGUAAAGAAGCAGGAGUGGCAGGCUAUGAAGCAGUUGCCAGUGCCGGUUGAUUUGGGUAAGGAAUUCCAGUUCCACUCUAUAUUUGUCUGUCCAGUUAGUAGGGAACAAGGCAGUGAUGAGAACCCGCCUAUGCUAUUACCGUGUGGGCAUGUCCUUUGUAAGCAAUCUAUUAUGAAAAUGUCCAAAAGCAGCACACGCCCAUUUAAGUGUCCAUACUGCCCUGUUGAGGCUACGGUCACACGAUGUAGGCAGCUCUAUUUCUGAUGUGCACCCAUGACUCUUCUCUGGACCAAAGGCAGGUGUUUUCUGCAAGCCUACCCUGUCUGCACCAGAUGGGUGUUUAUCUUCUCCACCUCCAUGGCUAAAUCUGAUGCAAUGCAAGCUCUGCUGCAUCACUAACACUCCAGUAUGAACAUGUUCCACCAUGAACUCCCCAUAACUUCUUGUUGUUCCAGUAUGCACAUUGAUAGACAAGCUGCUCGAGAAUUUGACUUCCCAAAUCCUCAAUUGAAUUCUGUACAUUCAUGCUGCUUGAAGUCAUCACCCUGAACUUGACAUAUACAUGCACAUGCAUCAUUUGUGUUUAUAUAUCUCAAAAUUGUCUGGACCCCGAGUUGCAUAAA